CUUGUCGAAAUAGAGACUCGCUAACGUUACCGUUCUUGUACAUUGGGAGUGAUGCGUUUAUGUCAUAAAGAAACGAAAGCGCCGUGAGAUAUUCAGUGUCAAUGCUAAAGCCAAAGAUUAAGGUUGCAUGUGCUAAUCAGCAGUUGUUUCGAUAAGUUUUGUUUAUUCACGCAUUUGUUUCUUAGUGGUUUAUGUAUUAAACAAAAUAUAAAUAAUGAUGGCUACUACCCCAUCGAUACUUUUCUUUCUCGCCUGCCUCUUUCCAAUAUUAUAUGCAAGUGGACAUUUUCCUCAAGUGCACGAGGAAGUGAACGAGAUUCCUGUAUCGGAUAGCAAUAGAAUUCCUAAGAGUCGAUAUGUCCCUCCUUGGUCGAAUUUCAAUUAUUCAACAAUUUUACAACGAGAUCAACAGAAAUGGAGGUAUUUUCAGCAGCAACAGGUGGAUCUUUUGAAUCUACUUAAAAAGAAACCACUUGUCCGUAUAGUUUCGUCUUUAAGAAAUACAAAGUUUGGAGACACUUCGAAGAAGGAAAAGCCUAAAAUAAGUUUAAGAAAUCAAAAAGGCAACGCGGUACAGGAGCUGAAAAGAUUUUCACGAACUGCGAAUUUCGAUAAAGAAAACCAAGGCGAUAUGCAAACAAUAGACAAAGGCGCAACUAACCGAGACGUCUCUAGAUCUGAUUAUGUGCUUUCUAAAAAUUUUAUUGGACAUAAAACUCAAAGCAGUACUUCUUCAAAGAAUGGAGCAGAAAAAGAUGAACAGCGAGAUAAUCAGAUGAAAGCGCUGAAUUCACUUCUUGGUAAAAGUCCCAUUGAACAGUUGGAAGGUUUAAAGCAUCUGUUAAAAUCACAAACCAAGGUGUUAUCCGUCACGAUGCCAUCCAGGACAAGGAAACGAUAUGUACCAGUAGCAGAAAGUACUCUAGACGUUCCAGUACCACAGAUAAAGCCAGUCGUGGUAGUAGCAUAUUCACCCAACAAUGAUAGGCACAAUGGUCCCUAUACCCCACUUGCUUCGACGCAGGAGCAAUUGCAGCAACUUCAGCUUCAAUUGGAUUCCUUCUCGAAAGCCCAAGCUGACGAGCAAAUACGAAAAGCUCAAGAAGAUGCUUACCAAAGAGUGCAAACUCAACACGCAGCUCUAGCUUUAGCGCAGCAAGAAGCUUUAGAAAAAAUGAAAGAAAUUAAUAGUCAUGUAAUGUCUGCUCCUGAUGAUGCUGGGCAUCCCAUUGCACCACCACCAACGCUACCAUCACCACCACUUCCAGCUGCUAAUGUUCAAACUUCAUCUUCCAAUUCACUGGAGGAGGUUCCUGCUAUAAACCCCAUUCAUCAGUCGAAGCCCUUAGACUCUUUACUAGUGCCCGUAGCUCAUCCCCUUCAAAUAAAUGCAGCUUCUUUGUCUACCCCUUCACCAGUAAUUGAAGAGAGCAGUGGCAACGAAGAAAGAAGACCAAAUGAAAUCAAAGACUAUGAGGACCAGAAUGACUUACAGUAUGCAACUAAUUAUGCCUUUGGAUAUCAAGUGCAAGAUUAUGACAGCGAAAAUAACUUUGGACAUGAGGAAACUAACAACGGAAAUAGCGCUAAGGGACAUUAUCACGUGCAACUUCCUGAUGGCAGGAUUCAGCAUGUUGAAUAUACUGCGGAUGCUACAGGGUUCCACGCAAAAGUAACCUACACUAGUAAAUCGUAGAUGAAUCUUAAAGAACUGAAGUGUCAUCAAUACAACUUUAGAGUGUACAAUUUGAUCCUUAAAUCGUUAAAAUAUUUUGAAAAUGUUUAAAAAAGAGAGAUUGGUGUACUUUGCCGUUUAGACACAUACUUGGGUGUAUGGUAUACCGUCUCCUUUUUUAAUUAUACGACGACACAGAUUGGUAAUCGUGAAUCGUGUUCCCAUCAAUAAAGAUGCAACAAUCAAUAAGUAAGUGGUUAAAUAUUAUGCACCAAACGGGCUGGGAUAUGACUAAAUAUACAUAAUACUCGCACAAGUCAGGUAAAAACCGAAAAUAUACCCGAAAUCGGGUGCCGAUAUAUAGUAUAGUAUAUCAAGUAGUUGGUGCAACUACUUGAUAUACUGCAUGUCAACGCAACAUGGAAGCACAAUUAGCUGCUUUAUGUCAUAGUUGAUAAACAAAUUCCAUGGAUCAGUGAUUUUUUUUAUGAUUAGUAAUGUUUUAGCAGAUUUUCUUUUAAUAUUGAAAGUAUUAACGGAAGAAUACUUUUACGUGAUUGCUUAGGAUUAUAGGCUUACGAUAGGAAUAUUAUUUUGUCUGUGCUGUGCUGGCGUGCAGUAUAUUUAGUGACUGGUGCUGGUGUCGCGUAUAUUAUCGGAUUUUUGUUGAGACGUAUGAUAGUAAGUAGGCGUGACUUGUGCUGGCGUAUUUAGUAAUAUCGCAAAUGGACUAACGGUAUGCUUUUAGUAAGGGUAGACAGUAGUAAUUCCUUGCUAUGCACUAUAGAUACUUGUUUUGAAAAUAAUGUUUGAUUCAUAAGCAUUGUCUUCACAUUGCUUAUAUUUUUUCAUUCCAAUACUUCCACGUGAAAACAUAAUGGUGUCUCUAGAGCUAGAUUAUUGACUUAUUAUUUGACAGCUAAAGCAUUUCGUUCUGCAAACAUUAGCUUCCCAAUUUGACUAUCAUUUGCAUGCUUACUCGAGUAAAACACAGCUAAUAAUAAUAAUAAUAAGAAUCCAUAAAUUUCUACAACAAAAAAAACAUUUUUGAAUAACGUUUAAAAGAUUCUUUAUGGUUCUUGCAUGGUAAACUACAGAAAUAAUGCUUAGGUUAAAUAAAAUAGUAACUGUCCUUUUUAUUGAAUACUUAUAGUUGGGGAAGCUUACUGUAUUUGUAUAGAAAUUGGUUGUUGCAUAUGAGUGUGAUGAAGAAAUGUGUCUUAAAUGUGCCAUGGUUUUUAAAGGUUUAUCAUAAGUGAAUGUAAAAAUUUAGACAAAGGAAAGUUACCUCACCCCCGAGGAAAAUUCAAAAAUAUUUGGCUGUAACUAACUUUAUUUUAUGUAAAUACCACUAAUUAAAUAUUUUCAAAUUAAUGUACAUAAUACAUAAGACCGUCAUGGGUAAACUACCGUAAAACAUACAUAUUAUGUAAUUGUCAGUAAUGUACUACAGAAAAAUAGUCAGAUGUAAAACUAUAUAUAUAUCUAUUUCCUAGACAAAAGGCAUAGUCAGAAUUAAUUAGCCAUUUUCUGUACUUCAUGAGUUUUUUGAGAAUUUCAAUUUGUAUGGGUCUAGAAACUAAAUCUUUGAUCAUUUAAAUUAAAGUUAAAGUGGCCGGAAAAAACGGUCAAAUCGCGUUCUGGCUGGCUUCGAACGCACCGAACGCGUUUUGGCUGUUUUUAAACGCUCGCAAAGCGUUCUGGUAACUGUUAAACAGCUGGAACGCGUUUUGUCA